CACACAAACAUUUAUCUACUGAAUCCCGUCUGGCUAAGCGGGAACGUGAUCGUGGUUGAGCAAAAACUAGAGUGAACAUCAGCAGGGCAUUUGAUUACUGGAGGGACCUUCAUUCGUUUUGGGGAUCAAAACCAACCCUGAAUUGGCAUUCUUCUUAUUGGAAAGGUGAAACAGAAAGAAUGCAGGCUCUACAGGUUCUGUCUCUGACUCUGCUGUCUGUGCUGGCAGUCAAUGCCCAGUCUUUCCGGGCAGGAGGAUGUCUUAGGCCUGCUGUUCAGGCCAACUUUGAUCCUACUAGGUAUGUGGGCAGAUGGUAUGAGAUCCAGAAACUUCCUGCACCCUACCAGUUAGGAGAGUGCACUCAGGCUACUUACACACUGAGCAACGGCAUUGUCCUGGUCCUCAAUGAGGAACUUCUGGCUGAUGGUACAAUCAACUCUAUUGAGGGCACAGCCCAGAUCGUAGAUGCAUCUGAGCCUGCCAAGCUGGAGGUUCUCUUUCCAGGAUCUCCUCCUGCUCCUUACUGGGUGCUUGCAACCGAUUACGACAACUAUAGCCUGGUUUAUGGUUGUGCCGAUUUCGGUAUCUUCCAUUUGGACUUUGCCUGGAUCCUGAGCAGGUCCCGCACACUUCCCAAAGAGACCAUUUCUGAACUUCAAGGCAUUCUCAAGUCCAGCGGUGUCAACGUUGAAAAGCUCACCGUGACUGACCAGAGUCCAGAGCUAUGCAGCGGCAUGCCUUGAUGGGGCUGCUAUGGUCUGGGGUUGUGUUGUAGUCUCAUGUAUAAUAAUUACAAAAUGAAAUAAGAAAUACAAUGUCUUGGACAAUUGUUUCAAGCUGUCGUCUGUGACAUGAGAAUGCAAAUGUUAAUAAAACUGCAGAGGAAA